AUGGCAAGACUAUCAUUGAUCACUGCACAGCUAAUACAAAAACAGCAAGUUACGAUGACUACUGUAAUUUCUGCCAGCGGCAACAGUGCUGUCACCUCCUCUUUUAUCAUAACCUACACCCGAGGCAGUACAACCAUGAAACCCAGAUCUGCCACUGAGCUGUCCGGUUGGAUUCAUUUCCCCAUGCCUGGUGGCACUUCAGGCGAGUGUCUAGACAAUCUUAUGGUCGAUUUUACGUCGCAAUCUGCAACUAUCAAAACUGUGAUGGUGUACCUUGGCAGCGCAAACGUGUUUGAGGAGGGGAAUCUUGGAAAGACUGAGACUUUUACCGUUUCUAUGUCUUCUAGGAAGAUUCUUCACAGCGGGGGAGGGAUUUCGGUCUCAAUCGAGGUCGAAUUUGAGACGGUUGAGGCGUGGUUAUCUAUUAGUUCUGUCGGUAUCGCGUUUUGA